AUGGCUUUCUUUCCUAUCUAUCAUUAUCGUAUACAUGAUGAUCCGGGUGUCCGAUACUUUGGAGACCAACUCGACUUUUUUGAUCCAUGGAAUGAUUUGAAUUCAUCGCCAACAGCUGUAGUCGUUGCUCCUGACAGAUUUCAUUGGGUCAAUCAACCGCGACAACAAAGACGCUCUUCAAAUACCAAAUCUCCGUGUCAACAUCAAGUAGCACGAGCGCCGAAUGUCGAAAAGUUUCGUAUUCAAUUUAAUGUCGCCGGUUUCAAUCCUGAAACGAUCAAAACUCAUGUUGAAGGUCAAAAGGUAGUCAUCCUAGCAAAACAAGAAGAGCGUCUACCUGAUGGUGAUUAUAACAUUCGAGAAGUACGAAAAUCAUGUCCUUUACCUGAACAUGCUGAUACAAAUCAAUUAGUUUCAUACGUGACACCGAAUCAUGUCUUGGUCAUUGAAGUUCCAAUUAAAAAUCCCGAACUUGAACGUCGCCAAUCAGAAAUCAAAUCUGAAAAUCAAAACUUAUCUCAAUUUGGUUCAAAUCGUGAUCCACAGUUCAACUAUAAUGCUUUCUUGGCUGAUUCAGGUUUUCAACCACAGAUCAUCAAUAAAGAUGAUAAUAAGAAACAACUGGCAAUGACUUUGGACAUGAAGAAUUAUGGCGCAGAUGAGAUUAAAGUAUCCGUAAAAAACAAUGAAUUGAUUGUCAAAGGUGAACAGCGAAAUAAGAACAAUAACUAUUCAGAACGAUCAUUCUUCUUCAAAUCAGUGGCAUUACCACCGGGUGCACAAGUUGAACAAUUGCAAUCGUAUUUAACCCCGGAGGGUCAAUUAAAAAUUGAAGUACCUUUCGAGGAACAAAAAGAAGAAGCACAAUCUGUUGAAAAUCAAAAAGAAGAAUCCAAACCUGCAGAAGAACAAAAUAAAAACUAA